UCUCUGGCGCACCUCGAGAGUCGCUCGGCUUCAGCUGCCAAACCUCUCUGACUCCUCCGAGUGAACGCAGCGGUGUCACCAUGUCGAAGCGCUUCUACGAGCUCACUGGCCAACUCCUCAGCGGAGAGGCCUUCAAGUUCUCCACCCUGCGAGGCAAAGUGGUCCUGAUCGAGAACGUGGCGUCCCUCUGAGGCACGACCACCAGGGAUUACACCCAGAUGAACGAGCUCCACGAGCGCUACGCCAGCAAGGGGCUCGUCAUCCUCGGGGUUCCCUGCAACCAGUUCGGCCAUCAGGAGAACGGCAGGAACGAAGAAAUCCUCCUGUCCCUGAAGCACAUCCGGCCUGGUAAUGGCUUCGAGCCCAAGUUCCAGCUGCUGGAGAAAACGGACGUGAACGGGAAGGAGGCACAUCCACUGUUUACGUUCCUGAGGGAGAGCUUGCCGUCCCCCAGCGACGACCCGUCCUCUCUGAUGAGCGACCCCAAGUCCGUCAUCUGGAGUCCCGUCUGCAGGAACGACGUGUCCUGGAACUUCGAGAAGUUCCUCAUCAGCUCGGACGGAACGCCCUUCAAGCGCUACAGCAAGAAGUUCCUCACCAGCGACAUCGAGGGCGACAUCAAGACGCUCCUCAGCCAGGCCAAGUAGCUGUGGCUGAGUGGCGCGGCAGCUGUGCUCUCCUGCCAACACUGUCUGUUCUCUGUGCUUUCACUGUUUGAAGGUUCCCUCAGAAACCAAGCCUGUGAGGAGGUCGCCUGAUGUCCCGUGAGAGACGGAGCCUGCCCGAGUCAGUGUUGCAUGAUGGCACUGCUGUGUGCUUUAUCCCAAUAAAUCAUUUUACUCAAAACA